CGCGCUCUGGAGUGACAUAAUGGAAUUUUUAGGGCUAGAAAGCGAGCAGUGCAUAGCGGACGUGCCACAAGGAAGAGAAAACCAGUCUAGGAAGACCCCGUCGUCCAGCGGUUUUGCAAAAGAGAUCGUCCGCUUUCCUCCAUGUUUAGGACUGGAGCGUUCACCCUCAUGUGAGGGUGUAGAAUGGACAGGACAUUAUUAAUUCCCACAGAAACAUGAUGAAGAAGGACGUCAAUCUCAACCUGGACACGCAGAGCAGCGAUCUGAAGGCGAACCCUCUGCGCGACUCUGACGUGCUGCUCAACUCGCCGGACUUGGGGCUUCUCAAACUGGCGUCCCCCGACCUGGAGCGUCUCAUCAUCCAGUCCAACGGACUGGCGGGCGCCGCCAACCCGGCAUCUCAGUUCCUUUACCCGAAGUCGGCCAGCGACGAGCAGGAGUUCGCGGAGGGCUUCGUCAAGGCGUUGGAGGACCUGCAUAAGCAGAACCAGCUGAGCGAAGCCGGCUGUGUGUCGGUGGACCGGCUGGAGCUCCUCGGUGCGGCCAACGCGGUGGGCUCGUCCGGGCUCCAGACGACGGAUCUGCCCGUGUAUACCACGCUGAACGGCUACGCCGCCAGCCCACUGGGCGGCACCACCAUCAACUACUCCACCGACACCAUUCCGUUCCCGCCGCCUCCGUCCCACCUCAGCCCGCAGCAGCAGCAACAGCAAGCCGCGGCGACGGCGGCGGCUCUGUCGCGGUUGCAGUCGGCCGGCGGCGCCGUCAAGGACGAGCCGCAGACGGUUCCGGACAUGCAGAGCCUCGGGGAGAGCCCGCCUCUCUCCCCGAUCGACAUGGACAACCAGGAGCGCAUUAAGGCGGAGAGGAAAAAGCUUCGCAACCGGAUAGCUGCUUCCAAGUGCCGCAAAAGGAAACUGGAGAGGAUUUCUCGGCUGGAGGACAAAGUCAAAAGCCUGAAGACGCAGAACACGGAGUUGGCGUCCACGGCCAGCGUGCUAAGGGAGCAGGUGGCCCAGCUCAAGCAGAAGGUGAUGAACCACGUCAGCAGCGGAUGCCAACUUUUACCUAACCAGGUCCAAGCUUACUAAUCGAAGGCAUUUUUGGAAAGGUGCCCUGCAGAUGAACUGAAAGGUUCAAAAGUUCAGAGUGGUCUGAUGCUGUGGGACUCGGUGGAAGUGGCUUGUUGCUCAAGAGCAAGGGCGUAGGUUUGGUCUCAACAUUGGUAGGGACGAUAAAACAGCAUAACCUGCACGUACACUUUAUGCUGGGGACAGGACAUUAAAUACCAAGCAGAUUGGAUGAACGGUGGUCAGGGCUACAUUUCUCACAAAUAGGAACCUAAUUAAUUGAUAGGCUAAAUGAUCAAUGCAAAAUAAAUCUGUAUUGGCUUUAUACUAACUUUCAUAUGUAUUGGUUCAGGUGAUACACCGUUUAAUUCAAACCUUUUUUGUUGGAAAAACUACUAAAGAAGCACUUUGAAAACUUCCUGAAUAAAUGUCUGAAUAUUAUUAGUACAUUUAAUUUGCAAUAUUUGAACAUAUAUUAACAUACACAAUGAAUACAAACUUGUUAACUAUCCAUGAAAGCAAAAAAAAAAAAAAAAAAAAAAAAAAAUUGUCUUAAGACUACUCAACAUUGCCUGUAUAAAUACAUACAUUGAAUAUAAGUGAAAAAACUUAAUAACAAAAAUAAAUAAAAAUGAAGCCUUCCUUCAGGAAAAACACUGCUGGUGUUCUCCACAAGCACAGCCAAACUAAACAAAAAAUGAAAGCGCCUUUGGUCUGCUUUAACACCACAUAAAUAAAAUAAAAAUGAAAAAAAUUAAAAAAAUAUAUAUAGUGGGUGCUGCUGCUGUAAGUCUGAACAUAAUGAAAAUAAUUCACUUAAAUAUUAGUAGGGUCAAUUCUAUCCUUACAACAUAAUGGAAGACAAUCUAAAUCAUCUAUAUAACUGAAGUCAUGAUAAUAAUGCAAAUAAGGUUGCUUUAAAGUUUGUGUGGACAAUUUAAGCAUCCUAAAAUGCUGGUAGUGAUAUGUCCCUACCGUCUCUAUAUGCAAUCCUACGCCCUUGCUCAAGUGCCAUGUAGCAAAGUGCCAUGCAGCAGCAUGACUGUCAAACUCAUUUGGAUGUAUUCUCACAGGGCCGUUAUGAAUGUGAAACCAGAUGGAGUCAAUGUAUAAUCGCCUCAUUGUGUUAUUACAUGUAUGCAACAAAUUGACGCCGAAGUAUUUUUGAUAGAGGUUUGUCUCAUAUACAGUGGUGCCAUGACUUAGAGGUAGAUUUUUUUUCGUGCAAAAUUGGUAUUUAAUUUCCCCAAUGCCAUUGACGACAAUGGACGUUCAAUCCAUUUUGACUGAGAUUGCUGCCUGCCUCUCCCAUGCAGUCAUAAAUGAAUUGGGCGUCCAUCGACGAACCAUUAUGCCUAUAAGUCAAGGUACCACUGUUAAAAAAAAACAACAACACGAUAUUAGAUAUGUCAUAUUUUGCGAUUCCGGUACAUAUUUUUACCAAGAAAUAUGAAGUUGCUGCCAACGAUUGGCUUUUUAGGCCAUAUAAAAUGUAACGGAUAUUGAUGGAAAAUCUCAAAAGCCAAAUGUAACGGUGUCACUAAGUGCUACCAUCCAACUGUACAUAUAUACUGCCUUACGUGUUUACAAGCACUUAGCAAAGAUAUCUAUUUUUUAUUUACUGAAGCAUUUAUUUACAUUUUGUUCCUCAAAGAUGAACACUGCAUGUUUUGUAACCGUCGUGUGCUUCGUAGAAUUUAGAUGCCAAACUUGCCAUGAAUGUGUAUUAGGAUGACACAUUUACCAGUAUAUGAUAAACUCAUCUCUACCUGACAUUUAUUAAAUUCACUACAUGACACAGCGAGUGUUUCGUUAAUAUUGUAAAUAAAACAAAGCUUUUCUUACCAGUUAACUGUGCUCUUGUCUUGCGUUUUACAAUAGAUGAAGUUUGAGGGAAACAUUUCAUCAAGACUGGCCUGCAAAUCUAGGAACAGAAAAUGGUUGUAAAAAGAGCAAAAAUGCUUUCAAAAUAAUAAAAGUGCGUUUAAAAAAAACAUAAAUGUAUUAUUGCACUCAAGAGACUAUAAAAAACUGAAAUGGCAUCUGGUAGGAAAAAGGUUCCACACCCUGCCUGGUUCGAGGUUCAGUUUAUUAAAAAAAUAAAUAAAAUCAUAAACUUGUAUUAUGACUCCCUCUGUUGGCCAACAGAUAAAAAUGCAGGAACGCCACAGUCACAUUUAAUUGAAUAGUGGGGCUGCCAUAAAUAAUCGACAGCUAAUCGAUUAUAUUCUUCAAAAACUAGUUUGACAGUUUGAAACAUUGUUGGCCUAAACAUCAUCCAAAUUUUGAAUCUCUCUACAGAAAUUAUUGUAUUAUAUUAAAUUAUAUUGUACAUAAAAAUCUUUUUAAAUUUUCAAGAAAUUAAAAAAAAAAGUACAUAUUCAAUUAUAUAUCUUUAAAUUAAAAAAAAAAAAAAAAAGACCAUUUAUGUAGUCUACAAUGAAAGAAGACCAAUUCAUUUGGUAAUUAGUCAAAAUAUGUGCGAACAUCAGCUUUUGCUUCGAGAGUUAAUACUGUUACAAAAGUAUUCAUAAUAGGGGAGACUGGGGUAAUAUGAGACACCCUUUAUGUCUACAGUAAAAUUUGUGAUCAUGCAACCAUCAUGUUUUCAAGCCCCUACCAUUUCACCUUGUCUGAAAAAGUGAUCUUCCUACUACUGUGGUAAAUGUGUUUUUUCCCCCCAAAUUUUAUUUUUUUUUCAUGUGAAACUAAGAAUUUUCUUUAUGUCAUCUUAAUGAGCUGUUGUACCAAAGCAAAUUGUUUUAACUCGACAAUAUUUUAUCACACAUGUUGAUGGACUAUAAAACCUUGUUUUGAUGCUAUCUUAAGAUUAGCCUGUAUUGCUAGGAGAGGUUGUUUAUUUUACAAAAUUGUGACGAUGGGGUAAGAUGAGAUUUCUCACUUCACUCCUUCAUGUCACCAGUGACCUACACAACAUCACAUCUGGAUUAAGAUCUCCUGAAUUUUCUCUGAUUAAGAAUUUGCACCAUCCAUGGUGUUGGACAGGCCAAACCCUGAGUGCAGCCUGCCACUGCAGAAGAUCUGGAUGGUCCACCCAUGCAGAUGAUCCACUUAAGGAUGAACUACUCGCUUCAGACAAUUCAGUAACUGAUACUAAUCCAUCCACUGCACAUUGUCCACCUCGAUAAGCCUGGUCAGCUGAUUUAUGUCCCACAUGGUCACAGUCAGAAACUGGCUAUGAAAAGGCAAAGAAAAGACUAACCUGAAAAAGAAACAACAAAAAAGAAAAUUGUAGUUAGAAGCUCUGAGGAGAUUGAUAUCCUUGUCCCACUUGCCCGAUGAAGAGAGUUCAAAAGAUGAAAGAAGUGAUCCAGGAAACAGAUCUGGCCAUGGGUAAUUUUGUCACAGUGAUCCCUCGCUAUUUCGCGCUUCAAACUUCGUGCCCUCAGUCCAUCGCAGAUUUUCUAAAAUUAAAAAUAAAUACAGAUGAGCUGUCCCGAGCCGAUGGCGUAGUCUCACUCUCCCUCCCUCCCUCCCUCUUCCUUCUCUUUGUUCGUAAGGCAGGGCACUGGAGUUGCUUAUUAAAGUUAACGAUUAAUGACAGACUUUUAAUGUUUGAUCUUGCCACAGAAGCCUGGAACCCGAAGCUUCAAAGCGCCACAUGUGUCAAUCAUCAUUUUAUUUGUUAAACAGUUGCUGUGGCAACUUGUAAGAGCAGCUUGAGCGGAUUUUAGUCGACUCACUCAAGUAUUUAACAACGACAAAUAUUUUUAUACUUUAUUCUUGUUUAAAAAUAAUUUGGUGGGACAGUAACAUGUUUAAAACUUAUAAUCAUUCAUUUGAAGUGCUUAAAAACCAUUUAUUAAAAUAUAUAUUAUAAUUGGGG